UCCAGAGGCCCACGAAUCAGUCGCAGAGCGAACCAGAGCAGACCAAGAUCAUCUCGAGCAGUCGUCCCAAGGCAUUCAGAAGUCCAAAAAUAAACCAAAGUCAUCGAAGCCGCAUAGAAAAUAAAAAAAAACAUAAAAAAAAGAAAGAAAAUUCUGCAAAAAAUAGAACAUAAAUUUUCCAUUUUCUGCGUAAACGUAUCGAUUCGAGGGACAAGAUUCGGAACUGCGUAGUUUGCCGGGAAAUUGUCAGGCCAACACUUCUUUCAUGUCUUGCCAAAAUCUUCGCAGCGUUCAGGCCAACGGAGUAAACAGCUGCCGUCGCGUUCGACAAGCGGCUAUGUCAGCAGUUUAACAAGAAACCCAAAAACAAAUCCAUCCGGGCAUCGACUAGAUAUAGUAAAAAAAAAAAGAUAUAUAUAUAUAUCCUAAAAAUUAAUAACUCGCCGGAGUGCAAGUGAUUCGAUAGAUAGAGUAGAGUGCGGAACAACUUUCCGCAGCGGAAACAAACAAAAACUAAAAAAUAAAAAACAAAAAUUGAUUUCGUUAGCCUUUUGCUAGCACCAACUGCAUGGGUAAAGUUAUGAGAGUGAAUUCGUUACCGCCGCCCGCCCACAACUGCCACGCCCACGUUCGCUCCAAGCAACAACAGGAAAAACAAUUGAAAUUGAAGAAAACUGAAAUAUAUUUUAUGUUCAACAAUUUGUGCAAGAGAAAAACUUUAACGGAGUAUAAUUUAUUGACACUAAAACGUAACCCCGCCAGUGAGUGAAUUAGCGUAACCAAUCGCAAGCCAGUGACAGUGAUCGUUAAAAUUUUAAUCAACAUAAAUUCUUAAAAAAAAGAACAACACAACAUAAAAAAUAUUUACAAAAAAAAAUACAGGAAAUAGAAGUUUGAGUAGAAAACUAUUGUGAGGGAGCGUGGGCUGUCAGCAGAUCAAGGAUUAACUACAAACUAGUAUCUGUAAAUCCCUAUCAAAAUGGUUGGAGUUACUGCCGACGCCUCGCAGGCGAAUCAGCUGUCCUCGGCCAAGAACCCGAUGAUCAAGUACAUGCUGAAGACCCGCGAGAAUCAUGCCCGGGAACAGGAUCAGGACUACUCGCAUGUCUUUCGACGAAAGACGCGUUUCGAGAUGUUCCGUUUAUCCGCCAUUGCCAUGGCCAUUGAGUUUGCCUACGCGGCGGAAACGAGCUUUGUAUCUCCGAUCCUCCUACAGAUCGGCGUGGAUCAUAAACACAUGUCCAUGACCUGGGGACUGUCGCCUCUGAUUGGAUUCUUUUUAUCCCCACUGCUUGGAAGUAUAAGUGAUCGCUGCAAACUUCGUUGGGGUCGCCGGCGUCCAAUUAUUACGAUUUUAUCCUUUGGCAUAAUGUGUGGCUUAAUCCUGGUGCCUUAUGGCAAAGAUCUGGGACUCCUUCUUGGCGAUACAGGAUAUACCUACGCAGAGCCAGCUUUGAAUUUUACCGCUUCCUCGGCAGGAUCAGUGGCUGCUUUAGUUUCCGGUGAAAGCAGCUCAGGACCAUCGGCUUCAGAUUUUAAGUUCGCAGUGAUUCUUACGAUUCUCGGAAUGGUGCUAUUGGAUUUUGAUGCGGAUACUUGUCAGACACCUGCUCGCACCUAUCUGCUAGAUAUGUGUGUGCCCGAGGAGCAGCCAAAGGCUAUGACCAUGUUUGCCCUCUUUGCGGGAUUCGGAGGAACUAUUGGAUAUGCUAUUGGUGGAGUGAAUUGGGAGACGACGCACAUUGGCAGUUUUAUGGGAGGAAAUAUACCCACCGUAUUUACCCUGGUGACCAUUAUAUUUGCGGUGUGCUAUCUGAUCACGGUGACCACAUUCCGGGAGAUUCCAUUGACUUUGAUCGAGCAGGAUGAGCUGUUGAGACCCCUUUCCGAACAGGCAAUCAAGAAGGAACUUAAGAAGAAGAAUAAUACCAUUUACUAUAUCCAGGAGACCACACAAUUGGAGCUACAAAUGGCUAGUGAUGAUCCGAAGAGAGUGGAGGCAUUGCAGGGCAGCUACCAGAAUGGUUAUUCGCCAGCUUUGGAAAAGCAAAGUAAGUCCCAGGAUGUGGAAACCCAGUCGGAUUACGAGGCUCCUGUCUCCCUAAAAUCCUAUCUCAAGAGCAUCUUCAUCAUGCCUUAUUCGAUGCGCAUUCUGGCCCUCACCAAUCUCUUCUGCUGGAUGGGACACGUCACCUACUGCCUGUACUUCACGGACUUUGUGGGCGAGGCUGUGUUCCACGGCGAUCCUACAGCUGCUCCGAACUCGGAAGCUGCUCUAAACUAUGAAGCUGGAGUUCGGUUUGGCUGUUGGGGAAUGUCUAUAUAUGCAUUUUCCUGCUCUGUUUACUCCUUGUCCGUGACAAAGCUGAUGAAGUGGUUUGGAACCAAGGCUGUCUACAUUAGCGGAAUGAUAUACUAUGGCAUUGGAAUGCUGGUCCUUGGCCUGUGGCCCACUAAAUGGGGAGUCUUGGUGUUCAGCACGUCUGCCGGUAUUCUCUAUGGAACAAUCUUCACUGUGCCUUUCAUAUUGGUGGCCAGAUAUCAUGCCAAAAAUUGUUUCUGCAUUAAGAAUGGCGAGACUGUGCCCCUGAAACAGGCCCGUGGCCUGGGCACGGAUGUGGCCAUUAUCAGCAGUAUGGUGUUCAUUGCCCAGUUGAUUGUAUCUCUUUCCGUGGGUCCGCUUGUAUCCUGGAUGGAGACCACAUGUGCCGUGCUCUAUCUCUCGACGUUUCUGUCCUUUUUGGCCGCCAUAGCUGCGUUGUUUGUGUUAUAUGUUUAGGAACUUACGGCACUAAACCCGAUCUUGUGUGGUUUAUACAUAUCUUACAUGAAUUUUAACAUUGCGAUAAUGUAGCUAGUUGAGUAUCUUUGCCUAGUUUCUGGCAGUAUCUGCGACUGCACUCACAAUGUUGUGGCAUACUUUAAGGAUAAAGCGUAGAUUGUACUUUUAAUCGUUUAAAAUAUAUUUUUCUUUUUUGUUUUUAAGCUGCAUGUAAAUAAAUUUUAUGAAUUUAAAAAUUAUAACAA